CGCCCCCGUUCGCGCAGGACUGACCUCUCCGCUGCCUCUGAAAGGCGUACAAUGGGUCGACAGGACCAAGGAUGGCUCGUCUUGGCCACUUUUCUGGGACUUUUGGGCUCGGCGCGGAGCAUCGGGCGGGACGAGUUGUUCCCUUUCGGCGUGCGCGCAGGAGACCGGACCCUGGAGCCCGGGAAUGACCGGACCUCCGAACUGCUGCUCGACAAGCCAGUUCUGUUUUACGACGGAUCUUUCCACAGUGUUUUCAUCAACACCAACGGUUUUGUUGCCACAAAGGAGCCGGCGAUCGAGUCUGCCUACCUCRGUAAAAUGCCCCCGGAGUUUGGCAUGAUCGCGGCUCUGCAGGGAGACCUGGACACGAGCGAUGAUGCAGGGGAGGUUUUCUUUCGCCAAGACUCCAGUCCAGAUGUUCUGCGUCGGGCGGCUGAGCACAUCAACAGGGCCUUUCCCAGGGAUGACGAGGUGAAUCCCACCAACGUCGUGGUGGUCACCUGGGUUAACGUUGCCAGUCACGACCCUCACACUUCAGGCAGCGACAAGAAGAGAAACACCUUCCAACUGGUUAUUGCUUCCUUGGAGACUGCUUCGUAUGCAAUUGUCCUCUACACAAGAAAUGGAAUCCAGUUUUACUCCACCCCUGUUGGAGACGAUAACGUGAUCAUGCAUGCUGGCUUCAGCAAAGGUUUGAACAAGGGUUUUUUCUACAGCACUCAGGGAGAAUAUUACCGCACCACCACUGAUGACGAGGCAAGCRUCAAGUCUUUAGCAGAGGAGACCAACUCUGGCCUGCGGGGUGUAUGGGUGUACAGGAUCGGAACCUACCCCUAUUUUAGUCAGGUGAAACCCGGGGAGGUAACAGACCUGCCCACGGAGGCCUCACUUCAGGAUUUGGACUCACAGCAGUCUAUUCUGACCAGUGGACAAUGGUUUAGUGUUCCAGAUGCAGAACAGGUUCAGGUCCACUCGGUCCAGUACCAACCACAGAACCCAGAGGUGGUGGUGAUUGAAGACUCAGAAAUUAAUGUGGAUGUGUUUUCAUACAACCUCGGGACAUGUGCAAACAACAGGAACAAGUGCUCCCAGUUUGCAGACUGCCGAGACUAUUCGAGUGGAUACUGCUGCCACUGCAGACCGGGCUACUAUGGCAAUGGAAUACAAUGUGUGGCAGAGGGAAAACCCCAAAGAAUGAACGGAAAACUACACGGCAAGCUGUACGCAGGCCGUUCCCCAUCACCACUGGAGUUCAAUGGCAACGACCUCCACUCGUACGUCGUGGUUAAUGAUGGRCGAUCGUAUGUCGCCAUCAGUGGCAUUCCCGAGUCCGUCGGGCCCUCCAUGCUGCCUCUGUUGGCCCUGAGCAGUGUGAUUGGGUGGACGUUUGCUUUGGAGCARCCUGGCUUCAGGAAUGGCUUCAGUAUCAUCGGGGGGGAGUUCACACGCCAGGCUGAGGUGACCUUCUUCCCUGGGAACGAGAGGCUGACAAUCAGGCAGGAGUUUAAAGGCACRGACGAGCUGGACCACCUGGUGGUGACCACCACCAUCGACGGCCGGGUCCCUGAGAUGCCUCUCGGUUCCACGGUUCAGGUCGAUCCUUACACCGACGUCUACCAAUACAACAACAACUUGAUCACCUCAUCCUCUACCCGGAACUAUAAUGUGAAUACGCCCGAUGGAUCCACUGAAACCAGGAGCUAYCAGUGCCGUGAGACCAUCACCUUCCAGAGCUGCCAGCACGACGAAUCAUUGAGAGACCUGACCACCCAGAUGCUCAAAGUGGACCAGGUCUUCGUCCUGUACGAUUCUAGUAAUAACCUCCUCCGGUACGCCAUGAGCAACAAGAUCGGGGACGUCAACGGCGGUCAGCCGGAGGAGAACCCGUGUUUCACUGGAAGACACGGCUGUGACACCAACGCUGUGUGCCGACCCGGUGAUGGGAUCCAUUUCACGUGCCAGUGCGCCGCUGGGUUCAACGGUGACGGCCGGACGUGUUAUGACAUUGAUGAAUGUAGAGAGACUCCUUACAUCUGUGGAUCUAAUGCUAUCUGCAACAAUCAGCCAGGGACUUUCCGCUGCGAAUGUGAGGAAGGAUUUCAGUUCGGCAGCGAUGGACGGACCUGCAUCGAGGUGGAUCGACCCGUGGACCACUGCGAGGAAGGCACCCACACCUGUGACGUUUCUGAGCGCGCUCAGUGCAGCUACACCGGAGGCUCCUCCUACAUCUGCUCCUGCCUGCAGGGAUUUGUGGGCGACGGAAGAACGUGCCAAGAUAUUGACGAGUGUCAGCCUGGCAGGUGCCACCAGAACGCAGUGUGCACCAACACACAGGGUUCGUUUAUCUGCCAGUGCCAGCCGGGCUACAGUGGAAACGGUAUCUACUGCUCUUCAGAGAGGACAAAGACUCGAUGCGAGACCCACAGGGACAGUCUUCUCGGUGGGGCGGGGUUCGGUGCACUGCGGGGCCCCCGACCCCCUGUCGGCCAGUACAUCCCGGAGUGUGACGUGAACGGUGAUUACGUGCCCACCCAGUGCCACAGCAGCACCGGGUAUUGCUGGUGCGUGGACCGAAAUGGACUGGAGAUCGACGGGACCCGCUCUGCUCCCGGCAGCCGACCCAUGUGUGUCGACCACAACAUUGAACCCACACCUGUUGGACCCCGGCCUCGACCCGACGUCACGCUCCCCCCCGGGACGCACCUGYUGUUCGCUCAGAGUGGCAGAAUCGAACACAUCCCAUUGGAGGGUUACGAAAUGAGAAAGCAUGACGCCAAACCCAUCCUUCAUCUCCCUGGUAAAGUUAUUAUUGGAGUCGCCUACGAUUGUGUAGAAAAAAUGAUUUAUUGGACAGAAAUAACAUCUCCUUCGAUCAGCAAGGCCAGCGCCGACAGCGGGGAGCCCACGCCUGUCAUCAGAACCGAUUUGGAAAGCCCAGAGGGUAUCGCCAUCGACCACUUGAGCCGAACCAUGUUCUGGACCGACUCCAUGAGGGAUCGGAUCGAGGUGGCGUCUCUGGACGGGUCUCAGCGCAGAAUCCUUAUAGACACCGAUCUUGUGAACCCUCGAGCUAUCAUCGCUGAUCCUGAAAACGGUAAUCUGUACUGGGCCGACUGGAACCGCGACGCCCCCAAGAUAGAAACCUCUUACAUGGACGGAACCAACCGAAGAGUUCUGGUUAAGGACAACCUCGGUCUGCCAAACGGGCUGACUUACGACCAUCAGAGUUUUCUGCUGUGCUGGGCAGAUGCUGGUACCCACAAACUGGAGUGUGUGAAUCCUGGUCGGGGAGACCGCAGCACGGUUUUGGAGGGGAUCCGGUACCCGUUUGGUAUCACGUCAAUUGGGAGGAACGUGUACUACACCGACUGGCAGAGGGAUUCCGUGGUCGUGGUGGACCGCUUCACUGGACAAGAGUCGGACGAGUUCCACCCUCAGAAACGAACCAGGCCGUAUGGGAUCACCACAGCUUAYGCACAGUGUCUUUCAGGGCAAAAUUACUGUUCUGUAAACAACGGAGGAUGCACUCAUCUCUGUUUACCAACACCAAGCAGCCGCUCCUGCAAGUGUCCCGACAACGCCGCGGCCGUCGGCUGCAUCGAGAGCGGCUACUGAAGGGAAGAUGCAAAAUCUGGAGCUGCUCAGCGUUUCUAAGUUCUAACCUCUGAAAAAACUGAAUGAAGUUAAUGGUGCCUUUUUACCACUCAGUGUUAUUCUUUAUGUACAAUGUUAUAUAUUUUUAAUACUGACGAUAUAAAAUACACAAAUCACAGCAACCCAUGAGCGCAACGAAUAUGUUUAUUUUUUUCAUCCUGAGUGCACAUAAACUGAGAAUAAAGCUCAAGGGAUACAUAAUUUAAUGUGAAAUUUGUUAUUUCAGUUGUGUUACAUACACUGUGAUGUGUUUGAGUUACAGCUUCUUUUGUGUUAAAGAGAAGGGUGAAAACAUCUGUGGUGCUGGAAAAAUUACUGUACAUUAGUACUGACCAGCACAAUAAAUAAAUGUUUUUUUCUACCAGG